UUUUUCAAACGUAAGCACCAACGUAGGCAGAGUAGGUACAAGAAAAUGGAAACCGACCCGAGUAAGCAAUCGAAUCGCGCAUUAAAAGAAGAAACGGGUCAAAAUCAAAACCCGGUGAUUCUGCAGAAAGAAAGAACCCCACGGAAUGCACACAAAAUCCCUCUUCUUUAUAUACGCAAUCGGAUGCCUCUGCUUCUGCAUCAUCUUCGCCCUAAUUAAUUUCUCAAACCCCCAAAAACAAUUCUCCGGCGAGAAGAAACCGACCAUGGCGGCGGCGGCGGCGGCGGUGGAUAACAACAAGGUAAUAAAGUCAAUGAAAGACACCUUCUACAUAUCCCACGGCUCACCGACGCUUUCAAUAGACGAUUCCCUCCCCGCACGCCACUUCCUCAAAUCGUUCCGGCAGAAGGUUCUGCCGGAGAAACCUAAAGCAAUCCUCAUAAUCUCCGGCCACUGGGAAACCUCCGAACCCUCGGUCAACGCCGUUACCGGACCCAGCGAAACCAUAUACGACUUCUACGGGUUUCCGGAUCGGAUGUACCGGCUGAAAUACCCGGCUCCGGGAGCACCGGAAUUGGCUAACCGGGUUAAGCAGCUGCUGAUCGGAUCCGGAUUCGGAUCUGUCCACGUGGACAAAAAACGCGGGCUGGACCACGGCGCGUGGGUACCGCUCAUGCUGAUGUACCCGGACGCGGAUAUCCCGGUGUGCCAGCUGUCCGUCCAGACGCAGAAGGACGCCGCGCACCAUUACCGUUUAGGGCAGGCGCUGGCGCCGCUGAAGGACGACGGCGUUCUGAUCGUCGGAUCCGGCGCCGCCACGCACAACCUGAGGAAGCUCGACCGCGGCAGCGGCGAUGCGGUGGCGCCGUGGGCGGACGAGUUCGACACGUGGAUCAAGGAUGCGCUGCUCGAAGGGCGGUACGACGAUGUGAACGACUACGAGAAGAAAGCGCCGCACGCGAAGGUGGCGCACCCGUGGCCCGACCACUUCUACCCGCUCCACGUUGCCAUGGGCGCCGCCGGCGAAAACACCAGAGGUGAGCUCGUCCACCAUAGCUGGAGCCUUGGGACGCUCUCCUAUGCUUCGUACAAGUUCACCGAAAAGCCCUAAAUUUUAGGGCUUUUUGAUUUUUUUCUGAUUGAUUUGCUGAUUUCGUUCAUGAAUCUAUCUUGUUUGUAUCUGUAAUCCAUUUAUUCCACAUGAAAUUUGAGUUAAUAUAUAUUUGUAAUUUUUCCAAAGUUUAAAUUGUGCAAUGGCAUAUUUGGUACCGGUUUAA